AUGCACUCGUCUGCCAGGCCGGUCCACGGCGGAAUUCGGCCGGCUCAACUGCGGGCACUGGGACUGGACCCCGGGGAUGUGGUGGACUUCAGCGCCAGUGUCAGCCCCCUUGGCCCCCCUGCCGGAUUGUGGGAAGCCUUGCAGCAAGUCGACCUGACUGCCUAUCCGGACCCGGAGUGCCUGGAGCUUCGGGAGGCUCUGGCCAAUUACCACCAUACGAAUAUCGACCGGAUCCUGGUGGGUAAUGGCUCGACCGAGUUGAUACACCUGCUGGCUCGGGCAUUCAUUUCUCCUUCAGACAGAGGCGGCUCCGGAUCAUGCUUGCUACUAACCCCCACCUACGGCGAAUAUGCUGGCGCCUGCAGGCUGGGCGGGUCUGAGAUACUGGAAGUUGUUGCCCGUCGAGAGGCCGGCUUUGCCUGGGAUCUGCCUGAAGCCGAGGCGCUCAUCCUCUCAAAGCGACCGGCGCUGGUAUUUGCCUGUAAUCCCAACAACCCCACGGGCGUAUACCUCCAAGAGGAAGAGGUAUAUGGGCUGGCUCAGGCUGCGACAAAGGCGAACAGCAUCCUGGUGCUGGACGAGGCUUACCUGAACUUUGUGGAAGAGCGUUGGGAUGCUCUCUCGUUAUUAGAAGGGGAAACCGCACAGAAUGUUGUUCUGCUCCGGUCAAUGACCAAAGACUUUGCUUUGACCAGCCUGCGGUUGGGCUACUGCCUGGCAAGUCCCGAGGUUACUGCCUCGCUGGCGGCGCUUCAACCGGACUGGAGCGUCAACGGUCUGGCCCAAGCCGCCGGUCUGGUGGCUAUGGCUGACGGGGACUAUCUGCCUGCCGCCCGUAAGGCAAUACACGACGCCAAAGCUUAUUUGACCAGGGAGUUUACGGGGCUGGGGUUGCAGGUUCUUCCGUCUGCGGCCAAUUUCCUUCUAAUAUCGGUUGGCGAUGCCUCUUCGUGGGGUGACAGACUGAUGCAGCAAGGAAUCUUUGUGCGCGACUGUACCUCUUUUGGUUUACCCGACUGCAUACGCGUAGGCAUCCGGGCCAUGCCCGACUGUCGGAGAUUGGUAGCAGCGGCGAAAGGCCUUACGGAAUAG